AUGACGAGAAGCAUAAUUUGGCUAAUUCUAUUGUUAAGUGGAAUCAUUUGUGAAGCGCAAUAUCACAACUGUUUCAUGUCCGGUGGUUAUUCCGGACGGUCAACAUGGUGCGGCGAAAACUCGAAAGAUGAAGAGAAUUUGAAGGAUCCAGUGGAAAUAAUGAAGCGUGCAAAGGAAUUCCUCGAAAAGCAAAGUAAAAUUAUGUUUGAUCCAAUGACAUGGACAAUAAGUCCACCAACACCACCACCACCCAUCAGUAUAACACCGGUAGCUACAAAAGCAAAUGCAGUACUUAAUGUUCAACCUGAUGUAACCGGAGCAAAAUUACAAUCAUCAUAUAUCCCGUUAUAUUCGGUAGCACUGCCUAACAAUGCCAAUUCAUUCUUUACUCCUACUUCAGGUAUUCCAACAAAUGGUAACAAUUUGCAGUUGUUACCAUUUGUUGGAAUAAUCUCUCCGGAAAAUUCGCACAGUCUUCAGAAUAUUCCUAUUUCAACUAGCCAAGCAAACCAACCUGUCCGUUUUGAAAAUUCGGAGCAAAUAAGUGUACAACAACAGCAAUUUCAGAAUCAAGCAAAUCACUUGCUAAAUAAAGCAAAUGAAAUGCCCCUUUUGUUGAAAAUACCACCAGCAACUUCACCACCAAAAUUUUUCGCUGAAGAGCAGAAUCUAAAAUUGAAAGAAAAUAAUGACUUAACAGAUAUAGGUAGCAUAAAGCCAGUCAGGUUAGUCUUAAAUCGGCCAUUAGCAGCACUCUCAUCCCGAAAAGACAAUCAAUCAGUGAAUGCUUAA